AUGACCAAGGAGGUGAUCUUAGUACAGCGGGAUAAUUUCGCCAGUCUGAACAGACUGAGCCGAAAUCAUUUGAAGGACAGCAAGGAGAGGCAUUCCCUUGGCUAUUUCCAAGCCAGAACACAACGUCUGGAGGAACUGUGGCAGGCUUGCCAGGAACGACAUGGAGCAGUCCUGGAUGACCUUUCAGGAGAUUCCAGUAAACAGAAGUCCUACUUGGAAGAGUAUGAGAGCGCCGAAGAAACGUAUUUGGAUUUGCUUACUCGUUUCAAGUCGGGCUUGGCGGCAUACCAGCCAAUCACGCAACAUAUGAACAGCAGCGGUUCAGCGGCGACGAACCGGGUGCAAUUGGAAAGAUUGACUAUACCGAAGUUUGAUGGAAAAUACAGUCAGUGGCGCAUGUUCAAUGACAUGUUCAAUUCGUUAAUUCACUGCAACGAGACGCUGUCUGCGGUUGAAAAGAUGCAGUACUUGAAAACUCAUGUUCAAGGUGAUGCUGCAAGAGUCAUUCAACAUCUGGAUGUGAACAACGAAAAUUACGAGGCAGCAAGGCACAUGCUGCGAGAACGGUAUGACAACAAGCGAGCCAUGGCAUGGAAUUACUUGCACAAGUUCCACAACUUGCCAAUGGCAAAGGAAGAUUCUGAUUCCUCUAUCAAACGAGUAAUGGACGCCACCGCAGAGUUCAUCGCUAAUAUGAAUAGCAUCGGCGUCAACACUGAGCAUUGGGACUUAUUGGUCAUUUUCGAAACAACUCAGAAAUUGGACCAACAAUCUCGACGAUUAUGGGAGGCAUCACUGGGUGCUAACGCAGAGUUACCCACCUUGAAAUUGUUUUUGGAGUUCCUGACGAGUCGGUUCAGGGCACUCGAGGCGUUGAACAUUCCUCGGAAAACUUCUAAGGUUGACUCACUGACGACUACAACGACAAAGGCAUGCAGCAUUUGCAUCAAGGACCACUACGUGAAUCAGUGCGACAAGUUCAGAGAGAUGGACGAGCAACAACGGAAAAAUGAAGCAAGAAAACAAAACUUGUGCUUUAACUGCUUGAGGAAGGGACAUGGCGUCAACCAAUGCCCCUCGAGUGGCAGGUGCCGGACAUGUUCGAAGAAGCACCAUUCGUUACUACAUAACAGUGAAAUCACAAGCGUUUCAAAAAAAUUGACAGUCGAUGCUAAACCGUUCAUUCCGACUACCCAACCGUUGUUGGCUGGGGAUGGAACGCUGGAUCAAACAGUACGCUCAGAUUGA